AUGAAAAUAAAAGCUGGUAAAAAAGCUGAACCCCAACUCUACACCCACAUUGCUUCAGCAAUCAUACCGUCGGCAAGUAUUGUUGCUGUUCCGUCCGCCGCCAAAGAUUUUCCUCAACAAAAGACCCGUGGAGCUGAGCAAUGGGGCUCAUUCGUUCCGGCUCUUCUCCAUGCUUCUACCACGAAUCAAUUGCUUGUUUUACCAUCAUCUUCAUUAGCCAAUAUCGAUACUCGUCAACAACAUGAUGGACAAACACGUUCCGUACAGAAAACAAACAUGGGACGAAUCGAUCCCAGUUCUGACGAAGAAGACAGCGAUGAAGAUGAAAGACCACGACAACCAACUGGUAAACAUACUACGUCUCAAUCAUCAGCAUUACCUACUCCUGAAAAGCGAUUAACGCAUCGUGUUGUUCAUGAUGAAGAAUCUAGAACAAUCAGUACAGAACAUGAUUCGCCAACUCACCUGGAUCCUAAACAAGCGCUCACAGCUGAAUUAUCCCGAUCGAUUGAUGAAAAAUCUGCAAGACGAGCAGCGGUUCCUUCUCCACGUCAGUCCGUUCCACCAUUAAAUCUGAAUCCUGUUCAAAGUCAAGCAGGUCGAACAUCAGCUAGAAACGACGCCAAACUCGAAGGCAUUGGUAUUGAACCACAAACAACAGGAGCUGUACGUUCAUCUCUGAAUGAUACAACCACUGUUCCUGCUAGUGCUCGGUCAAUUUCGUUCAAAGAACCCAUUAUUCAUGAAGAUUACGAAUUGUCGACGUCAUCGAAAUCAGAAGAUUCGACAACUGUGCUCGAUGUAAAGAAAAACUCAAUAUUAAAUCAACUAGUUCCACCUUCCGAAGACUAUCAACAAAAACUGAAUGGCCUUGAACAUCGUAAUCAAUCAUUAAACAAUGAAGUUCAACAGCUUCGCUUGAAUAAUCGAACUCUUCAACGACAAUAUGAAGAACUACUCGAACAAUUACAAACAUCUCACAAACUUUCGCAACAAGAACUAACAGAUAUAUUGAAGCAAACUGGACGUGAUCAAACAAAAGGCUUAGAAGAGUUGAAUACAACGUUGCAGAAUCGAUGUGAACAAUUACAAAAUGAACUAAGUGCUAUGAAAGAUCGUUAUACUGAAAGUCAAAACCAAUCGAGUUUACGUGGAUUGAAAAAGGAAAAUCAUUUUCUUAAAGAUUACAUUCAUCGUUUAAAUGCAGCUUCGAGUGAUUAUCAAGUAACGCAUCCACCGAAGUCGUCCAAGAAAGAAAUCGAAAAAGAACAACGAAGAUUGCAAGGCUUGCCAAUGAGAGGGCCAUCACCAAUCUGGCUGCUCAAUCAAAAGUUUCUCGCUCCACUUUUCGUUUGUUACGAUGAAAAACUUUUCGAAAAGGAUGAGUUUAUCAAAAAGCUUCGAUCGGAAUUGAAUGAAAUUCAUGAACAAGUGAAAUUACUUAUUAAUGAAAAUGCUUCAUUACAUGAACGACUUGCUCGAACGGGAACAACAUCUGGCAAUCAUGAUCAUCAACUGUCCGAUAUUGAACAUAUCAAACGACAAGCGUAUCUUGUCUUGGAAGAAAACAAGGUGUUACAAGAGCAACUUGAUCUGCAAACGAAUCGUUUGACUGACGUGCAGAAAACGCAAAUUCACGAAGUUUCGAAUCUAACACGACGUUUACUGAUUGUGGAAAGUGAAAAAAGCGAAAGUGAUCGAGUACUAGAAACAAUCCGUCUACGAAACGAGGAUCUCAAACGGAAAUACGACCAAUUAAUGCUUGAUAAUUCUCACCGAAUCCACGUUCAAGAGCAUGUGCAAGAGAUUAGCGAAAUGAAAAGAUUAACAGAUGAAUUAAGUGAGAAACAUGCUCAUGAAAUGCAAUUACUCCUCCGUCGUGUUCAAGAUGCCGAAGCUGCGAAACGAAUUUCGCAUUUAAAAUUAACCGAUCAACGUAGUGUUAUUGAACGAUUGAAAGGUGAAAUCAAAAUUCUGAAGAAAACAGUUAAAAAACUGCAACUACGUGUGCAAACCUAUGAGAAGAAACUCGAAUUAGAACAAAUCAAAGAACAGCGAAUAACAACAAUAUUGGACAAGACUAAUGAGGAUCUUGGGCAAACGAAAAUCGAACGUGACACUUAUUUAGAAUUGGCCAAAGUGAAAGAAGAUGAAUUGAAUAAAACUCGAGUACGAUUAAAUGAUGAAGGAGACAAGUUAACUCAAUUGGAAGAGCGGCUUGAAAAUUAUAAAAGUAGGACGAAGGAACGCUCAAGUGAAGUUCAAGAACAAUUGAAACAGCAGCACGAUAAUUUGAAACUACGUUGUUUGGAGCAUGAACAGCGCAUUCAACAACUCAUUAGCCUAUUAAAUGAAAAGCAAGCGCUCGUCGAUGAUCUCUACAAUGAGAAACGAAAUCUCGAAGUUAAUCUUGAAACUAUCUGGCAGGCCACAAACGCAGACGGUAUGCGAAUUCGCGAACAAUUAGUUGAUAUGCGUGUUACAAGUUAG